CAGGUCAUUGCGACUGCGCAUUGAUACAUAAGCCGCGCAUGGGAAAGGCCGGUCAUUGAUCCUUCUAGUUAUUUACUAGUAAAUCACGUCCGAACAUUCUUGUCGUCCUGAAGUUUUGUCUGCUUUAAACCAAACCUUGAAUUUAGAAAAACAACAAUGGCUCGUGCUUUUAACAAGUUUUUACCAUUAUUGGACCGUGUCCUUGUGGAGCGAUUUCUGCCUGAACUAAAAACUAAAAGUGGUCUCAUGAUCCCAGAGAAGUCUCAAGGCAAGGUUGUCCAGGCAACAGUGGUGGCAUGUGGUCCAGGAGGCAGAGCUAAAGAUGGCAGUACUGUUCCACUUACUGUCAAGUUUGGUGAUGUUGUCCUAUUGCCAGAAUAUGGUGGCACAAAAGUAGAAUUAGACAAAAAGGAAUAUUUCCUAUUCAGAGAUUCUGAUAUACUUGGAAAAUUUGAAUCCUAAUGUUGUUUGUUAGUCUAAGGCAGAUUCUGGCAUACUAUUAUGUAUAAAUUAGAACUUGAGAGGAAGAAAGACGCUGUUAAUUUUAUGAGCUUGCAGACCAGUGAUACAUGAAGAUGUGUGCAAAGCUACAUGUUCAAAAGUACUGACAUCACCAUAACUCAUGUUCAAAAUUAACUUAUUGGGAGUCUACUGGAAGCGAUUUGGGAGUGUAUUUUUGUGUUUUGCUUGUUAUUGAAUUUAGUAGUUUUUCUUUUAAGCUAGGUUUCUCUAAUUUUUAUUUCCAUUGCUUUGUCUGCUGGGGUUUUUUUUACGUAUAAAUCUAUGUUUAGGGAAAAAUCAUGGGUGCUACCUAAAUGAUAACUUCUACACUUUAAUACAUUAUGUUCAUUUAAGCAAAAACUCUUGAGGCUUCUCACUGUCAGUGCUUGGUCUCUUCCUCUUCAUCAUGUGCCACAAAUCAUUGAAAUCAUUUCUACCUGAAAACAAAAUGUUCUAUAUUUUAUCACUGAUUUAUAGCCCAUUCUAGCAUGUGAAAGAACUGUAGAGUUUUUUUUCUUACACGUUGUCAGAAACUCC